AUGCACGCGCUGGUGAACGCCUUCCUCCGCUGCCUCUCCCUGCUGCUGCCUCCCUCCUGGCUCAGUGUCAGCUGGUGGGUUGGCAGCGAGCAGACGCCGCCGCGGCCCAAUCGCAGAGCUCGGUUCAGAAGCACAAAGCUUCUUACAUAUGAGGAAGUGGAGGCAGUGGAACGAGCACACGGAGGCUGCGUCUCGCUGGCUGCGACAAGCCCCGUUUCUCCUCAGGGCCCAGCGGCGGGACUGAUCUGGAUCGGGGGUGUUUGGCGAGCCGUGGAGCGCGUCUUCGGAGCGCCGUGGGUCCUUCUCCGCCAUCACUGGUGCUCGACCGAGGCUCGCGCAGCUUUCGGCGUCUCGGUUUGUGCUUUCCAAGCGAGCCGGAGAGGGGGGAUCGCCGAGACCGGGGACACCUUCACAGACUUGGCGAACAUGAGCGAGACCGUGGGGAUCCCCGACCUCAACCCGGUGGCGUUCCCUUCCGACGCGUCGGCGCAGCGCGGCGUCGAUGAGGUCAUCACCGUGGAUCAGCUCACGCCGGAGCUCGGGACCGUCACCAUCACAGUGGCCAUCCAGGCGGCGGAGGACGAGGAGCCGGAGGAAGUGUCUUCCAACAACAUCGACUUCCUCGGCGGCAGCUGCAGCGAGGACGAGUUCGGGAAACACGACAAGUCCAGUGGUGCCGGAACCAGCGGAGGGGAGUUGGAGGAGGAGAGCUGGCAGCCUCCAGACGCUGAGCUCAUCCAGAAGCUGGUCACUCAGAUCGAGUACUACCUGUCUGAUGAGAACCUGGAACAUGACGCUUUCCUGCUCAAGCAUGUGCGACGCAACAAACUGGGCUUCGUCAGUGUCAAGCUGCUGACCUCCUUUAAGAAGGUGAAACACUUGACUCGUGACUGGAGAACCACCGCUUACGCCCUGAGACACUCGAAGAUCCUCGAGCUGAACGAUGAGGGGAGGAAGGUGCGACGCAAGUCCGCAGUGCCUGUGUUCGCCAGCGAGUCACUGCCAAGUCGCAUGCUGCUGUUAAGCGAUCUGCGGCGGUGGCCUGAGCUGGCGACUCUCACCGAGGGCUCCAAGGAGAACGGGAGCAGCGAAGGAGGAGCCACUCAGCAGGAGCAGCUGAUGAAGCUCCUGCUGAAAGCCUUCGGGACGUACGGAGCUAUAGCAUCCGUCAGAGUCCUCAAACCUGGGAAGGACCUGCCAGCUGAUCUGAAGAGGCUGAGUGGCCGCUACACCCAGCUGGGCUUGGAGGAGUGCGCCAUUGUGGAGUUCGAGGAGGUCGAGGCAGCUGUCAAAGCCAACGAGGCGGUGGGAGGGGAGGAGGGGGGCUCAAGCCUCCUGGGCUUAAAAGUGGUCCUGAUCGGCACCAAGCCUCCGAAGAAGAAAGUGGCCAAGGAGAGACCACGGGAGGAUGGCGGGAUGCGCAAAAGCCGCUCGCUGAACAGCAGAAUACGGGAGCUCCAGUAUCAUGGCGACGACUCGGCGUGCAGCUCCUCAGAGACGGAGAGCACGCCGACGUCCCCCCGGCUGGCCAGGAAGUCCCAGUCCUGCAACAAGCUCAGCCCCACCUCUGCUGGCAUUAGCUUCCAGAACAAUCACCUCAGCCCGAGUAUGUCUCCGCGCAACAGCCCCUGGUCCAGUCCUCGCGCCAGCCCUUGUCCUCAGCGCAAAACCCCCCACUCCCACAAGUCCCCCUUAGCCAGUGAGGGCAGACUGAGCCCGGAGCCGGGACGCCGCUGGGCUGACUACUCCUCAGACAGCAGUCUCACCCCUUCAGGGAGCCCAUGGGUGCAGCGGCGCAAGCAGGUGGCGUCGCAGGAGAGCAGCCCGGUUGGCAGUCCCAUGCUGGGGAGGAAAAUGCAGAAUGCAGACGGUCUGCCACCGGGUGUGAUGAGGCUCCCGAGGGGUCCAGACGGAACCCGAGGAUUUCACUGUGUCACGGUGGGAGAGAGGGGGAAGAGCGCUGCCACCCAGACUUGACCUGUGGGGGGGAGGAGCCUCGCACGUCAAACGGAACCAGAGCUCAGCCGCCACCUUACGUUAAAGACAUUUUUCAGUGCAUCCUUCAGUCUUUAUUAUAUUUUUUUAUACGGUAUGUUGAGUUAAUGUAAGUUAUGAGUGAUGGCAGGUUAAAAAAAAAAAAGCCCAUGUCUCCAUUAACCUUCAGGUUAGAAAAUAAUUUUGUUUUAAUUGCAAAGUGUCUUCAUGUCCUAGUAUGGACAAGCGUUGGUGGUGUUUAGGGACAAAGUCAGUGACAUCAUGCUGCCCCUUGACAGCACCUGUGAUAGUUUGUGUUCCUCCCACCGACGCACUGUCACUCCACUGCCAUGGCACCUGCUUACUUUUCGUUCUGCCUUGUUUUAAAUGGCAUUUUCUACAAUAUAGUUUGGCACUUGAUGUAAGAGAAGUCGCUUCUAAUGAGUUGUUUGUUGAGCAAAAAGCUAGUUUUUAGUUCUUUUAUUUAUUUUUUUAAACAUUUCUUUUUAGUUCUGAUGUUGGGGCUUUGCUGGAUUUCGGGCAAGGGCUGAAAAGAUGUUACGUUCUUUACUUUACACCUGAGCUGAGGAGUGUGUUCAGAGGCUUGUACAAAUAAAGCACUGGCAUUGCAAA